CUAGAACGCAGUUACAUUGAAGAAGCUGGAGGUUGCAGUUUGACAGUCUGUCGUCGAAGUUGUCAGGCGAGGUUGGCUUUUAAAGACCUUUAUUUACUUUGCAAAUCGUAACUGCCAGUUAAAGACAAAAGGGUGACAUACGUCUAAAACGGGACCUGCUUGAAUAUUCGCUUCAUUUAUCGGUUCGUGUGAAUUACAAGGUAAUCUCAAGAUGAUGAACUUUGCGAGGACAGCGAGAACCCUCUCUUGCUCACAGAACAAUAUGAGAGGUGUAUCGUCUCUGGUGAAGAAGGCUUGCUCCAAUGGGUUGAGGCCAGAGACCCUGAGGAUGUUGACCAGGAGAGAUUAUGCGUCAGAAGCAAUCAAAGGGUCGGUCAUUGGCAUUGACCUGGGUACCACAAACUCCUGUGUGGCCGUGAUGGACGGUAAACAAGCAAAGGUCCUGGAGAAUUCAGAGGGAGCCAGAACCACUCCCUCGGUCGUCGCCUUCACUGCCGAUGGUGAGCGGUUGGUCGGCAUGCCAGCCAAACGUCAGGCGGUCACCAAUCCCGAAAACACCCUGUAUGCCACAAAGCGUCUCAUUGGUCGCCGAUUCGAUGACCCUGAAGUGCAGAAGGAUCUGAAAAACGUCCCCUAUAAGAUCGUGCGGGCGUCCAACGGGGAUGCCUGGGUGGAGGCUCAUGGGAAACUCUACUCCCCAAGCCAGGGGGGCGCCUUCGUACUGAUGAAGAUGAAGGAGACUGCAGAGAGUUACCUUGGACACAACGUCAAGAACGCAGUCAUCACUGUCCCAGCUUACUUCAAUGACUCCCAGAGACAGGCAACAAAGGAUGCUGGUCAGAUUGCAGGCCUGAAUGUUCUGCGUGUCAUCAACGAGCCCACUGCUGCUGCUCUCGCCUAUGGUCUGGACAAAACCCAGGACAAGAUCAUUGCUGUUUAUGACCUUGGAGGUGGCACCUUCGAUAUCUCGGUGCUGGAGAUCCAGAAGGGCGUCUUUGAGGUCAAGUCCACCAACGGAGACACCUUCCUGGGGGGCGAGGACUUUGAUCAGCAUCUCCUGAGGCACAUUGUCAAGGAGUUCAAAAGAGAGUCUGGUGUGGAUCUGAUGAAGGACAACAUGGCCCUGCAGCGCGUGAGGGAGGCAGCAGAGAAGGCCAAGUGUGAGCUCUCCUCUUCUCUGCAGACUGACAUCAACCUGCCCUACCUGACCAUGGACGCGUCGGGCCCCAAGCACUUGAACAUGAAGCUGACGCGCUCGCAGUUCGAGGGCAUCGUGGCCGACCUGAUCCGCCGCACAGUGGCCCCCUGCCAGAAGGCCAUGUCGGACGCCGAGGUCAGCAAGAGCGAGAUCGGAGAGGUCCUGCUGGUCGGCGGCAUGACCCGUAUGCCCAAGGUCCAGGCGACGGUGCAGGACGUGUUCGGCCGGGCGCCCAGCAAGUCUGUGAACCCAGACGAGGCGGUGGCCAUGGGCGCUGCCAUCCAGGGUGGCGUGCUGGCAGGGGACGUGACAGACGUGCUGCUGCUGGACGUCACCCCUCUGUCCCUGGGUAUCGAGACCCUUGGAGGAGUCUUCACCAAGCUCAUCAACCGCAACACCACCAUCCCCACCAAGAAGGGCCAGGUGUUCUCCACAGCUGCUGACGGCCAGACCCAGGUGGAGAUCAAGGUGUGCCAGGGAGAGCGAGAGAUGGCCGCUGACAACAAAGUGCUCGGACAGUUCACCUUGGUUGGCAUCCCCCCUGCUCCCCGAGGCGUCCCCCAGAUCGAGGUGACCUUCGACAUCGACGCCAACGGCAUCGUCCAUGUCUCCGCCAAGGACAAGGGCACCGGACGCGAGCAGCAGAUUGUGAUCCAGUCCUCUGGUGGAUUGAGCAAAGAUGACAUUGAGAACAUGGUCAAGAACGCCGAGAGAUACGCUGAAGAGGACAGGAGGCGGAAGGACCGCGUUGAGGCUGUGAACAUGGCUGAGGGCAUUGUACACGACACAGAGUCCAAGAUGGAGGAAUUCAAAGACCAGCUGCCAGCUGAGGAGUGCAACAAGCUGAAGGAGGAGAUUGUGAAGGUGCGAGACCUGCUGUCGCGGAAGGACGAGGAGACGGGCGAGAACAUCAAACAGGCCGCCAACACCCUGCAGCAGGCAUCACUCAAGCUCUUCGAGAUGGCAUACAAGAAGAUGGCCUCAGAUAGAGAGGGCAGCAGCGGCUCCAGUAGUAGCGGUAGUGAAGGAGAGAAGAAGGAGGGUCAGCAGUAAGGACCAGUGCGGCGCAAAGCGGUUGGAGUGUUGAGCACGUUUAUAAACUGUGCUGAAGUGAAAAGGACUGAAGGGCUUGGGAAUUUGGAGAACACACUUGUUGUCCCGAGCGUUCUAUUGCAUUGAAGUCAUUCUCGCAUACUGUGUUUUUGCAGUAAAAAAAACAAAGAAAUA